AUGUCGGUCCCGCGCAGACGCCCCGCGGCCGCAGCCGGGGGGGGCCCGGAGGGGGCGGCCGAGGGGGGAGCCCCCGCCGGAGCCCCCGCGCCCGGCGAUGCGGAGCGGGGCAUGGCGGCCCCGCCGCUCUGCCUGCGCCUGCUGGCCGCCGCCUUCUACGGCCUCAGCUCCUUCCUCAUCGUCGUCGUCAACAAGAGCGUCCUCACCGCCUACGGGUUCCCGUCCUCGCUGUGCGUGGGGCUGGGCCAGAUGCUGGCCACGGUGGCCGUGCUCUGGGCAGGGAAGGCGCUGCGGGUGGUCAAGUUCCCUGACCUGGACAGACACAUCCCCCGGCGGACAUUUCCUCUACCUCUCCUGUAUUUCGGGAACCAGAUCACAGGACUGUUCAGCACAAAGAAACUGAACCUGCCCAUGUUCACGGUCCUGCGCAGGUUUUCCAUCCUCUUUACGAUGUUUGCCGAAGGAUUCUUGCUCAAGAAGAAGUUUUCCUGGAGCAUUCAGAUGACAGUAUUUGCUAUGAUCUUCGGUGCAUUUGUAGCUGCCAGUGCUGACUUGGCAUUCGACCUGGAGGGAUAUAUUUUUAUCCUCAUCAACGAUGCCUUAACAGCUGCAAACGGUGCCUAUGUGAAACAGAAGCUGGAUUCAAAGGAGCUGGGGAAGUAUGGUCUGCUCUAUUACAAUGCACUGUUCAUGAUCCUGCCCACCCUGGGCAUUGCCUACAUCACUGGAGAUGCACAGAAGGCAGUGGAGUACCAGGGCUGGGCAGACACCUUCUUCAUCCUGCAGUUCACGCUGUCCUGUGUGAUGGGGUUUAUUUUGAUGUAUUCCACGGUCCUUUGCACUCAGUACAACUCUGCUCUUACAACUACAAUAGUUGGCUGCAUUAAGAAUAUUUUAAUAACCUAUAUUGGGAUGUUUUUUGGAGGAGAUUAUAUUUUUACAUGGAUGAACUUCAUUGGUUUAAAUAUCAGUAUUGCUGGAAGCCUGGUGUAUUCCUACAUCACUUUCACCGAGGAGCAGAUGAGCAAGGAGUCGGAUGCUGGCAGCAAGAUGGAUAUUAAAGGGAAGAGCUCGGUGUGAGCAGGGAGAGGC